UGACGCGGCCGCCCCCCCCCGCCCCGGGACGUGACGACUCGGGGACUCCGGACGGAGACGAGACCACGAAGGCGGCAGCGGCGGCGGCGCGGAGCCCCACACGGAGAGGCGGGCACGGCACGAGGAGGUUCAGCCGCUUAGCGACGCGGAGACUCGACGAAGGCGGCGCCGCCUCGGGAUGUCAGCGACGGCGCCUUACGCCGGUGGGCAGAGGCCCCACGCUAACGGACCCUAUCAGAACUCUUCGCCUGUGCAAGGACAGCAGGCAACGCUACCUCCAGGCACCUUUCACCCGCCAGCGGACGGAAAGCACGCGCCCCCUCCUGCCAUGCCCGGCUUUCCCCCGUAUAAUCCCAUGGGCGGCCACCCUGCCACACUCAACCCUAGCAACUUGGCGACCCUACAGCCACCCCGGCUGUCUCCCAUACCCAACAGCCUUCCGCCGACAGCGCCCAACAGCACGGGGGGCCACCAUCACGCAGGAGGCGGUUCGGGCCCGCCCUCAAACCGGAGCUCACCCAUGAUGACUCGGGUGUCGCCCAUGCCUGGCACGGGCCAGCCAUUCCCUCCUCAGCAGCACCAGCAGCGGCCAUCCCCUGUCAACCACUGGGCACCGACGCCUGGGACCAGCAUGAACCACAUGUCUGGUCCUCAGCUUGGGCCGGCGAAUGGACCUUUGGGGCCUGCAGGGAUGUCGGGGAACGGCUACGCUCCUGCUCAAGGUGGUCAGGGGCAGCAGAUGGGUGGUUCCCAGCCCAUGCCUACUUACAUGUACACGCAGCCCAUUAGCCACGAGUACGGGUCGGCAUCAUCGGCGGUGGCUCCGUCACCUCCACCUCACAGCAACAACACCAAUGUCACCGCUGUCCCUGCGCAGCAGCCUGGGUUCAAUCCCAGGCCAGGGCCUCCCCCGACUUCAGGCAGCCAGGGUGCUGGGCUAUAUCAGCCUCCUGGAUCGCACGCGGCUGCUGCGCCGUACCCCGCACCACGUCCAGCGGAGAGAGGGUGUGUCUAUUUAGGGGAUGUUCCCAUUUCUCUGCUCAAGUCCGUAGGUCAAAGACGAGGCCAACCAGGACCACCACCACAGGCCGGGCAAGCAUAUGGAGCGAUACCAACUAUGGCACCUCCUCCACUGGGCCCUCCAUCAGUGGGCCCUCCACCAAUGGCAGCUGCAUCAGGGGCCCCUUCAUUAGGACCUCCACCAAUGACCGCUCCGUCAUUAGGCCUCCCACCAAUGGGCGCUCCAUCUGGGGGCCCUCAAUCAUUGGGUCGUCCACAAGCGGGGCCUCCACCAAUGGCCCCUCCAUCAGGUGCUCCAUCAGCAGGUCGCCCUCCCAUGGCUAUGGGUGGGAGGCCCCAGCCACCACUGGUUGCCCCACCUCCAACCGGAAUGGCACCAGGAUCCAUGCAGUCGUGGCACCAGCAGCAGGUGCAGCCUCCACCCACUCAGCAUCAGCAGCAGCAGGCGCCACCUCCACCCACUCAGCAGCAGCAUCAACAGCAGCAGGUGGCGCCUCCACCCACUCAGCAGCAUCAGCAGCGGCAGGUGGCGCCUCCGCCCACUCAGCAGCAGCAGCAUCAACAGCAUCAGCAGCAGCAGUAUCAGCAGCAUCAGCAGGUGCCACCUCCUCUCACUCAGCAGCAUCAGCAGCAGCUGCCGCCUCCACCCACUCAACAACAGCAGCAUCAGCAGGUGCCACCUCCUCCCACGCAGCAGCAUCAGCAGCUGCCACCUCCUCCCACUCAACAACAGCAGCAGCAGCAGCAACAUCAGCUGGGUCCUGCAUCUCAUCAGUCGUCUUCAUACCAUCCGCCUCCACAUGGACAGGCCCAGAUGUCUCGCGGUCCAGAUGCUGAUGGUGACUCCGCGUCCAGCCUCAGCAACUACGACUGCGUGGAGGGCGGAGGCAUCAUCGCGGCACCAAAUUCCCCUACGGGACCUCCCAUGGGCGGAGGCGGUGGUGGUGGUGGCUUCGGACCGCCGGGCUACCCGCACGCUACGCCGAAAACCCCCUUCCACAACGCAGCCAUGUCCAGCUACCCUCCGCAGUACCCACAGACUGCUUUUGGACCCAACCAACUGUCCCCCUCAAUGGGGGGGUUGUCGGUCCAACCUGAGAGCUUGCGGCCAGUCAACUUGCUUCAAGAGAGGAACCUCCUUCCCCCAACGCCGGUGGAACCCCCCAAGCCCAACCUCCACCCCGACAUGCAGCAGCGCAACUGCCACCCUGACAUCUUCCGCUGCACGCUGACCAACAUACCACAGACGCCAAGCCUCUUGGGCAAGGCCAAGCUUCCGCUGGGUCUCCUGCUCCACCCCUUCAAGGACCUGCAGCAGCUGCCGGUGAUCACCGCGAGCACCAUCGUGCGCUGCCGCGCUUGCCGUACUUACAUCAACCCCUUCGUCACCUUCAUCGACCAGCGCCGCUGGAAGUGCAACCUGUGCUUCCGCGUCAACGAAGUUCCGGACGACUUCAUGUACAACCCACUGACGCGCUCGUACGGCGAGCCCCAGAAGCGGCCCGAAAUCCGCAACGCCACAAUCGAGUUCAUCGCUCCCUCCGAGUACAUGGUGCGGCCGCCCCAGCCGGCCGUCUACAUCUUCCUGCUGGACGUGUCCUUCCACGCCGUCGAGUGUGGAUACCUGCCCGUCGUGUGCAACAGUAUCCUGGAGCACCUGGAUAGGUUACCGGGCGACAGCCGCACGAAGGUGGGCAUCGUGACGUUUGACAGCGCGAUCCACUUCUACAGCCUGCAGGAGGGGCAGGCACGGCCACAGAUGGUGGUGGUCACUGACAUCGACGAUGUGUUCAUCCCGAGCCCCGAAGGCCUCCUUGUGAACCUGCAGGAAAGCAAAGAGCUGUUCCGCGAGCUUCUGCAGUCUCUGCCGACCGUGUUCCCGAGUGGGGCAGAGCGCGAGACACAGAGCGCGCUGGGGCCCGCGCUGCAGGCCGCUCACCGCCUGCUGGGAGCGACCGGAGGCCGAGUCACCGUCUUCCAGAGCCAGCUCCCCUCAGUGGGGCCCGGCGCCCUCAAGCCACGCGAGGUCGGCGCCAAGGGCACCGAGGGCCUCUCUCCAGCCACCGAUUUCUACAAGAAGCUGGCGCUGGACUGCUCGGCGCAGCAGACGGCCGUCGAUCUCUUCCUGCUCAGCAGCCAGUACGCCGACCUGGCUACGCUGUCUUGCAUAUCGCGGUUCUCUUCGGGCGCCGUCUAUUACUACCCGUCCCCGCAUCCCGUCCACGCGCCAGCCCAGCUGGAGCGACUGCGCAGCGACCUGCAGCGCUACCUCACCCGCAAAAUCGGCUUCGAGGCCGUCAUGAGGAUUCGCUGCACCAAGGGCCUCUCCAUCCACACGUUCCACGGGAACUUCUUCGUCCGCUCCACGGACCUCCUCUCCCUUCCCAACGUCAACCCGGACGCCGGCUUCGCCGUGCAGGUCUCCAUCGAGGAAGCGCUCGGCGACGCCGCCACCGUCUCCUUCCAGGCGGCGCUGCUCUACACGUCCAGCAAGGGCGAGCGGCGGAUCCGCGUGCACACGCUGUGCCUGCCCGUGGUCACGACGCUCAUCGACAUUUACGCCGGCGCCGACGUGCAGGCCGUCACGGCGCUCCUCGCCAAGAUGGCGGUGGACCGCACGCUCUCGUCGAGCCUGAGCGACGCGCGUGACGCCCUGGUGAACGCCGCCGUGGACUUCCUGGCUGCGUACCGGGGUUCGGGCGGCGGCCCUGCGCAGUCCGGGCUCACGGCUCCACACGGCCUGCGGCUGCUGCCGCUCUACGCGCUGGCGCUGCUGAAACAGAAAGCGUUUGGCUCGGGAAAGAGCGUGCGCCUGGAUGAGCGAGCGUUUGCCAUGUGUGAGAUGAAACACCAGCCACUGGGCCAGCUCAUGCGCGCUGUGCACCCCAGCCUCUACCGCGUCGACAACCUCACGGAAAAGGGCGGGGUGAUGGAGGGCGACGUGCUGGUGCCCCAGCCGCCGUUGCUGCAGUUGUCUGCCGAGCGUCUGUCUGGGGACGGAGCCUUCCUGCUUGACUCGGGCACCGUACUGCAGCUGUGGGUGGGCAGGGGCGUCGGGCUGGCUUUCCUGCACGAGGUGCUGGGUGUGCAGAACGUCGCAGCCAUCCAGACGAACACGCAAUGGUCCCUGCCGGAGCUGCCCAACGCGGCAUCGGAGCGCGUGCGCUCCUUCGUGUCGUGGCUACGGCGUCACCGGGCCUUCCCCCCACCACUGCAGAUCAUUCGUGACGACGGCGCGAGCCGCUCGGCCUUCGUGCAGAGCCUGGUGGAGGACCGCACCGAGUCCGCCAUGUCCUACUACGAGCUCCUGCUGCAUGUGCAGCAACAGGUCUGCAAGUGAGGGCCCCGCCGGCAACGGCACGACGCUCCGCGCUCCCCCACCGUGGCACCGCCGCUCCGAUCUCCCCGACCGCCCCCUCCCCCGCCCUUCUCGCUCCCACACGCCGUCCAGCGGCGGUGCGGGGCUCGCGACGACCGAGCGGCGCCCUGCACGUCUCCGUGCCUCGCGGGAGGAGGGCAGCCCGGAGCAGGUGGCCAGGAAUCGUGGAGGUCGCCGGGUGGCCGCGUCCACCGCCCACAGACUCAAUCGGGCCCCGCUCGCCUCUCUCACUGGUCCAGUCGAAAGUGCAGUAAAUUAGCACUUUAUAUUGAAUAAGCAAAAAUUACAAACGAGUGAACAAAUGGACUAAUUAACCAGUUACAGGCAUGCGUGAUUCGCGGAAGAUAAAUUUGUAAAUAAGGCGCCGCCUUCGGUGGAGUCUGGGCCGAGUUGGGGGGGGCGGCCCAGCCCUUGGGGGGGGCCCAGCCCUGUUGCUGUGUCGAGCGAGGUCGCUCUCCUGCGUGCGCCCAAGAGGAGGUGCGCUGUGCUGCGGUGUGUUUCGGUGUGCGGAUGUUGUUGGUUUUUCUUAUCUCACCACCGGGUGGUACCGUCGCUUGACCGGUUCCUCGCCAGGUGAGGAGGCUGGCUGGGAGUGUGUGAAAUUUCAUUUUUGCGAAUCGCCCGCCUUCCGGUUUGUUAAUCUCGAUGCUUUAAAAUGCUUCGUAAAUAUGUUUUCAGAGCAUAAGGGGGGGUGGGGUGGAAGCUUAGAAGAUGACGACGACGAUGAUGAUAAUGAUAUAUUCCACGUGCCUGUGUAACUGUGGGGCGGCAGUAGAGAGAUUGGGCAGUAGCCGGGAGGGAGGUGCGGGGGCACGAAUGGUCGUGCGCGCACACCUGUGGUGCUUGACGAGUUCCCGCGCAUCGCUGUGAUUAUCGGCGCAACUCUCGAGCCAGGCCAGCCGAGGCAGGCUGUGGUGUGAGCGAGCAAGCGAGUGAGCGAUUAGCAGUGCACGGGACACGAACUAGCGCGAGUUGCGUUACGAAUUAAUGUAGACUGUAUUUAUGCAAUCGAUUUACAAACGAAGCUGAAACUCGAUAAGACGAGGGGCGCAGACGUGUACAAAUACAUGUUGAUUAACCCGGUGCAAUUGGGUAAACUUGGAACACUUUGUGUCGGCCAAUCCUGCCGUGAGGAGUAAUAUCCGUGAUGUCGUGCAGCGGCGGACGGGCGAGCAAGCGAGACGGUGCAAGAGGGAUGAGGGGCAGGGCUCGGUGGGGGGCAGGCCACGGCUGGCGUCUCUGGUUUCCCGUGCAGCCGGUUCUCACGAAAGUGUUGCGAAAGGGACUCGAUGCGGACACAGAGGCCCGAGACCACGCGAGUCCCGAACGAGGCCAAGGCAGCCACGUGUCCAUUCAUUCACAUCCUGCGAGUGCCUCUCCAGUGGUAACCUCCACCUUCUGUCACCACUGUGGUUUUUAUUUUAUAUAUAAAAUCGCUCGUGUGAAGCCCUCGGAACAUUAGUCCCCCGGUUGCAUCCGGAGUGUUUCUUCGCCGCCCAAUGAUGAACGUGCGGCAACUCUGGACAGCGCAGCAUGAGGUGGCUAAUCCGAGUCAAGCUCCGUGUUCCUAUCCAAUUGAAAUAAUGUGAAGUAAUUUCUUAAGAACCAGUUUUAGCACCCCCCCCCCCCCCAUCUACAAAUCAACUCUAGAUUGCCAAACCUAAUUUCAUAAAGAAGAAAAAUAGCUGCUUGAAAAAAAUGAGGCAAUGUAAAGCAGAGAAAUGCACUUCCAAAAGCAACUUUAACUCAAGUGUCCUGAGGCUGUGACGCUCGCGCUGUGUUGGGUUUCCACCACGUGGAGUCUGUAAAGAGAGACAAACACCGGAUGUGUGGAAACGAAUGUACGUACGUGCGUUGAACUUCCUUCUCGUACGUAGCCAACCGUGCUAAUCGGAGGUGCGGGAUGACACUUGCGAAGGUAAAUCCAGCAGUGUGCGUCUGGGGGUCACGUGAAGGCUGCUUCUUGUCGCAGCAUGAAUGGGAACAUGAAUGCGUCUUGAGGAUCGAUCGUGUUGGCCGGGUUCCAGAGAAAUCAUCCCUGAUUUGAGUGGCGGUCAGAUCCAUCCUCACCGAGUCAGGCGCUCCCCGAGCCGUUCCCAUCGCUCGACCUGGUUUAUCUGUUCAGUAGGGGGGGUGGUUGCCACUUUACUACAGUGGUGAGGUUGGCGGUCAGGGUGGGUGAUGAGAGACACACGUGUGGCCCCGUGUGGUUCCUCUCGGUUUUCAUGCGAUGCGACGGUUAGGAGAUUCUGCCGCUCGUCGUUGCCCCGGCGAUUGUGGUGCCACUGUGGGUCAGCGAUUGCCACGCGGCCGCACCGAGUUUAAUGGUCUCCAGCACUCCGUGGGGAAGGGGGGACCUCGAUCCCUGUGCAUUGGACGAGGGAGGCUCCUACAGAAGUUUGUGGUGGUUCAGAGCUCGAGGUUGAUGAGAGGCUGCAAGCUCUGCACUGUGUUUUCCAUUCUCGGGUGAUGCGGCAUGUGCAGGUAGAUUCCUUGACGAUUUUAAACUGAUCGCAGCAUGUGAUGAAUUAGUACCCCCCAAGGUAGCAAAUCUUGAGUAGCACUGAUGUACUAUUUAUAUGGCUCAGAAGGGUUCAUUAUUUGAUAAUCCACCCACUUCCAAUGGUUAUCGAAAUUAACUGUUAUUUCCACGUAAACAAAUUGGAACCGUUAAAGUUAUACCACCACAAGCGUAACGCACAUGUGAAAUUGGUUUGGCCUCAUUUGACUAAUUGCUGUGUGAGACUUGAAAACCCGGGGUGGAGUUUGCAACCUCCUCUAGCUGAGGUCGUGAGCUGUCACAUGAAUGCACAAUCGUGUUUGGAACCCCUGGCCCAGACCUCCACAGCCAACCCAGCUGCUGACCCAGGCAGCAACGCGUUCCGGGACCCCCCGCACCCCCCAUCGCGCUGCGUGUUCAGUCAAGACUCGGGGACGAGUGAUGGUUGAGAGCGGAGUGCAGUGGCUUCCCUUAUUUGUCUGCUGUCAUUCUCAGAUGGCGGUGGCUUUUUACGAUUCAAGUACUGUUAAGAUAUUACUUUAUAAUAGGAGAUACGCAAACAAAGAGCGUGAUUUAAGAUUUACUAUGCUUCAAAUGUAUGAAUUAUUAAACAAGCUGCUUGUACGAA